UCCCUUUCCCCACCCCCCAGAAGCAUCUGCGACAGGGGUCCAAGCAGGUUGGCAGCGCGACAGAUCUGCUCCUGACCUCCCUUCCUCCCACCAUGUCAGAGCCUAUAACGCUAAACGUUGGUGGGAAGCUGUACACAACAUCGCUGUCCACCUUGACCAGCUUCCCGGACUCCAUGCUGGGUGCCAUGUUCAGCGGGAACCUGCCAACCAAGAGGGACAGCCAAGGCAACUGCUUCAUCGACCGGGACGGCAAGGUUUUCCGCUACAUCCUCAACUUCCUGAGAACCUCCCACCUGGACCUCCCAGAGGACUUCCAAGAAAUGGGCCUGCUCCGCCGAGAAGCAGAUUUUUACCAGGUCCAGCCGCUGAUCGAGGCCCUGCAGGAGAAGGAGGUGGAGCUCUCCAGGGCAGAGAAGAACGCCAUGCUCAACAUCAGCUUGGACCAGAGGACUCAGACGGUUCACUUCACCGUCCGGGAAGCUCCCCAGAUCUACAGCUUGUCCUCUUCCAACAUGGAAGUGUUCAACGCUCACAUCUUCAGCACCUCCAGUUUGUUCCUCAAACUUCUGGGCUCCAAACUCUACUACUGUUUCAACGGCAACCUGUCCUCGAUAUCCAGUUACCUCCAGGAUCCCUACCACGUGACCUUGGAUUGGGUUGCCAGCGUGGAAGGGCUGCCGGAAGAGGAGUACACCAGGCAGAACUUAAACAGGUUGUGGGUCCUCCCGGCCAAGAAGCAGAUCAACAGCUUCCAGGUGUUUGUAGAGGAGGUACUGAAAAUCGCCAUGAGCGAUGGCUUCUGCGUCGACUCCUCUCACCCGCACGCCUCGGAUUUUAUGAACAACAAAAUUAUCCGGCUUAUACGGUACAAGUAGGCGGGGCUUCUUCGUCCCCCCCACCCCCCCAGUUCCGCUACACAUAGCAACGAUGCGCUGAGGUUCGUGGGUUUCCCUUUUCGAGCCCGCUUCACGAAUCGUGCGCUAAUAACCUGAAUUACGAAACUAGAGUUUUCUGCUUAACAGACUAACCAGUGUAUGUCGAAACUCCGGAUUAGGGAUGCGUGAGACGGAUUGGUUUGUGGGCCAGGUGGUAGCGGGGACUGAGGAAGGUCUCUGGUUCCGUGUCAACCAAUUGCCCUUCUUCUAAGAUGCAUCAUCGAGAAGGGACCGGUCUGUUCCUGUGGGCACCGGCAAUGACAUCAGCACUGGGGGCAUUAUGUACUGCCCUUGCAUGUUCGAUGCUAUAUUGUGCCCGGCAAGGAAGAGGCAGAAAGGGCGAGGGAGGGGGAAUGUUGAUGGAUAAAUCUGUUUCCCAAACGGCACAAUGCCAGAAUGAA